AUGCACUGUGCUACCACUCGGUCCUGUUUCUACCACCACACGCCUAACAGAUGUAGCUAUUGCAAUGUCAAGGUCAAUCACUUACAUAUCUCCAGUGAGCAGUUCAUCGCCAGUGUCCGUGGCUCUACAGAGUUCACCAACAAAAGUACAAAUGUUACGGCCAGAACUGAUGACGUAGUCCGCACAUUUACACAAGGUGGAGGCCUGUGGACAUUUGAGACAUUUUUUACUUUUGCCAAAUACAUUUGCCACCAUUUUAAUUACAGCUAUUGCUGUUUUUACAUCGUGGGUAUCAACGUGUCGAAAAACUGCAGUGAAGACGGCAAUAACUCUGCACACGACGGCAAUAUAUGUGCACACGACGGCAAUAACUCUGCACACGACGGCAAUAUAUGUGCACACGACGUUAUCAAAGGCAAAAACAGAUGCGUCCAUGACGGCAAUAAAUGUACCUAUGGCGGCAAUAAUUUUUCCGACGACGGCAAUUACUGUGCCCACGGCGGCAAUAACUGUGCCAACGACGGCAAUAACUGUGCCAACGACGGCAAUAAAUAUGAUAUCUGUGGUCACCGCCAAGAGAUAUCCCAGAUUUAUAUCUGUAUCUGCUGCUCAUACUUUACAAGCCAGCGACAGACCCGCUGUCAUCCUGUUGGAGGCCACGUUGUCUGUGAUGCAUGCCUAGACAAGUGGCCAGGAUUUUUAUGUCCGGUCUGUGACAAUCUGGCCAUUGUUUAUGGCGCUCAUCUCCAGACCUGGAGCGACCAAUCAGAGCUCGCCCUUCGCCGUCUGCCGGGUUUAUAUGGGACAGAGGGACACGGGUCUCACUACACUAGCUGGCGGCUCUACGGCUCUCAUCACACGACUUGGAAGCUGUACGGCUCUCAUCACACUAGCUGGCAGCUGUACGGCUCUAACGGCUCUGACCACCCACCUAGGUACCGGCUGUACGGCUCUGACCACCCACCUAGGUACCGGCUGUACGGCUCUGACCACCCACCUUGGUACCGGCCACUACCUGCAGCUUCCAGUAACUCUGUGACUCGCCGCUUCCAACACUGGACUCUUUGUGGACGUGAGAUGUGGCAGAGAUAUGCCACAUGUCAUGCCACUGUCACAUGUCAUGUCAUAUGGCAUAUCACUGUCACAUCGCAUGCCACUGACACAUGGCAUAUAACUCUCACAUGGCAUAUCACUGUCACAUGUCAUGUCAUGUGUCAUAUCACUGCCACAUGGCAUAACAACACCAAAUGGCAUGUCGUUAGAGCCACCUUGGAAGAUCAUACAGUUACACUAUUUCUGAUUACAUACAAUCAUGUGGUGACAACGUUACUGAUUGUUUACAAUCAUCUCUUGAAUAUACUCUCGUGGUUUAGUAGAGAUCACAUGACUCGUCUAUUUAUAGCAUCUACAAAUUUGACUACAAUGAUAGACCAACAAACGGAUCAGAUCAAAGAUCAUCACUCAAACAGCACUGGUAGCGAUAUUUUUAGAACUUUGGAGUGUUGCUCACACCUAAAUACACCUCACCAACUUAAACACUUAAACACACCUCACCAACUUAAACACAUAAACACACCUCACCAACUUGAACACCUAAACACACCUCACCAACUUGAACACCUACACACAUCUAACCAAUCUAAACACCUAAACACACCUCACCAACCUGAACACCUAAAUACACCCCAUCAAUCUAAACACUUAAACACACCCCACCAACGCGAACACGAUCACCAUCAACUAACACUCAGGGAGAAAGCUAAGGAGCCGUCCAUCAAAUUGUGCCUGAACAGGCAUCAACAACAUCUUAGCUCACGCCAACAACAUCCUAGCUCACGCCAACAUCUUAGCUCACGUCAAGAUCCUGCAGGACGUCACCAAUCUCUAAGCUCCCACCUAAGCUCCCACCUGUGGGUCAUGAAACGACCGCUCAUACUCUGCUCACUGCGCCUCACGCUCCUAAUAAACAUCUUGCUCACGUUUGGAUUAACUUCUGCUCAAGGAUUAACUGGAACAGAACCCAGCUGUAACAUGGAAGGGGAGAUCAUCCACGUCCCUGGUAUCUCUAGCAACCGCUGUACCUGUAGGUGUAAGGACGGUCGCGUGGACUGCGACUCAGUCAACUGUGGCAAUGGCGUGUUGACUGGUGAGACUGAACCGUGCGAUGCCAGACUUUGUCGUGGUGUGGAGGGAUGUCACGUGAUACUCUAUGACCACCCUAAUAAAUGCUGUAAGGUAUGCAAAGGUAAGGCUUUCAUUAUGCCACAAUAA